AUGGGAGAUGUGGGGGUCAGGAGUGAGGGUCAGGAGUCGGGGGUCAGGAGUGAGGGUCAGGAGUCGGGAUCAGGAGUCGGGGUCAGGAGUCUGGGUCAGAAGUCAAGGUCAGGAGUGAGGAUCAGGAGUCAGGAGACAUUUUCUACCCCUCAAGUAAUCCGCCAUGUACCCAGGCGAACGCCUUCCGUUGUCUUACGGGAGCUGAAAUCGUUUGAUGAUGGAGAUAUUCAUCGUGGAUUGACAGGUCAUCAAACACCGAACACCACAUCCCAAGUACUUGGAGACGAUGAUGACGAUGUGGAGUGUCGGGAAGUGCUGAACCAGAAAAAGGAUGACAGGUGUGAUUUUGUGAAACAGACUGAUGACUGUCAGAUUGACGAAGGCUUCUUGGAUUACACCCAGUUUGUAUACUGUGACUUCGGUUCUGGAGGACAUUUAGUUGCGUUGGGAAUGAUUCUUCUGUUUAUAUGGUGGAUUUUCCUGUUCAUAGGCCUCGCUGUUACAGCUGAUGAUUUCUUCUGCCCAGCCUUAUCUGUGAUAUCGGAAACCAUGCACCUCAGUCACAAUGUAGCUGGUGUUACAUUCCUGGCUUUUGGUAACGGUGCUCCAGAUAUUUUCUCUGCUAUUGCUGCCAUCGGCAAUGCGAAGAAUGGUGAUGCUGGAUUAGCUAUCGGAGCCCUGUUUGGAGCUGGUGUGUUUGUGACUACAAUUGUAGCAGGGUCCAUCGCUGUGAUCUGUCCAUUCCAAGCUAUGCAGCGUCCAUUUCUCAGGGAUGUGAUUUUUUAUUUAGCUGCUGCCUUCUGGAGCUUCACCAUUCUUUGGAAGAAGGAGAUAAGGAAAAUAGAGGCUAUAGGUUUCAUUCUGAUGUAUGUUGCUUAUGUACUCGUGGUUGUGAUUGGGCGCUAUAUUUAUCAGAAGUACAAGAGUUCCAUUCCAUUACAGAACGGUGAGGUCAGGAAUGAUGAAGAGGAUGAACCAUAUGAGACCAUUCCAGGCAAACAUAGCAGCUCAGCAUCAGAGAGAGACCCUCUUCUUGAUGACAGAAUAAACCGGUCUGUGGAAGAGAGUGAUGAUGUAGAGACCAGAGGUGCCUUUAAAGACUUCCUGUCAGCCAUUAACCCCAUAGACACGGAAAAGUGGCCUGAAAUGAAAAUAUAUACAAAAAUCUACGAAGUGUUUAAGGCCCCGAUUAUGUUUCUGCUUGUCAUCACCGUGCCUGUAGUUGACUAUGAUGAAGACAAACAUAAGUGGAAUCGCUACCUCAACUCACUACAAUGUUUCACAGGACUGUUUUUUAGUUCUCUGGCUACAAAAGUUGGAUUUGAUACCAUUGGCGGCACGUUUCCACUGUGGGCACUAAGUCUCAUCAUAGGAGCUGGUCUGUCCCUUCUUGUGUUCUUUACCUCAAAAGAUGAGGUACAACCAAAAUAUCAUCCAGUCUUUGCCUAUCUUGGUUUUCUUGUAGCUUGUAUCUGGAUUUACUCUGUGGCCAAUGAAAUUGUCAACAUCCUUCAGACUUUUGGGAUCGUGCUCAAUAUCAGUAAUGCUAUUUUGGGUCUCACCCUGCUUGCUUGGGGAAAUAGUAUUGGUGAUUUGAUUGCUGAUACAGUAAUGGCUAGACAAGGCUAUCCUAGGAUGGGCAUAUCAGCCUGCUUUGGUGGACCAUUAUUUAAUUUACUUCUUGGUAUAGGUAUACCUUUCACAGUGGCUACAAUCAAAAAUGGAAGUGACUAUCAGCUCGAGAUAACAUUCGAAGAGGUUGUGCUGGCAGCAUUCCUUAUGUUGAGCUUAAUCGUGUCUCUUCUAGUUGUUCCACUGUCUAAAUUUAAAAUGUCUCGUAUGUACGGUUUGAUACUUAUAGUACUGUACAUAGUAUUUCUGGUUGUGGCCAUUUUAGCCGAGACAAAUGUUAUUGAUGUGAAGAUAUAAUUUUUCUCCUGUAAGGGAUGACGAAUUUUGGACAAGUCUAAUUUGCUACUACAACCUUUUGUUCUAGAUUAAGUGUGAUCAAAUGUUGUGAUGCAAGUAUGAAUGUUUGUUAAAAUUACUUUAUUUUGAAUGGUAUUU